GCAGUGUACAACUACGCCAAGGUGGAGUGCAAGUGUCAUGGUGUUUCUGGAUCGUGUGCUCUGAAGACUUGUUGGCAACAGCUUCCAGUCUUCCGGGACGUAGGAGACCGCCUGCGAGACCGCUACGACGGAGCUACAGAAAUCAAAUUCAACAGGGGCGGUAUCAAACUGGUCAGAAAGAAUAAACGCUAUAACAAACCUACUAAAGAGGACUUAAUAUAUAUAGACGAAUCGCCAAACUACUGUCUGGCUAACGAAGAGACAGGGUCGCUGGGUACAGUUGGACGGAUGUGCAUCAGAAAUUCUCAAGGUAUGGACGGAUGUAACUUGAUGUGUUGCGGUCGUGGUUACAACACGUUCAAGCAAAAAUUGGUUGAGAGGUGUAACUGCAAAUUUCAUUGGUGCUGUUUCGUAAAGUGUAAAACUUGUGAGAGGAUAAUAGAUGUGACUACGUGCAAAUAG